AUGAGCAAAUCCCGUCAUGCAGCAAUUGUCGGCGAAGUGGUCUUGCCACGGAACUACCUCGAGACGUUAGAACAAAGAGUAAUUCUGUUGGAAGCACAGCUGAAAAAGGCCCAGUCCAGUGUUACCAAUGGCCCAAGUCCUUCAGCAAGUAGUCAGGCUGCGUCUACUUCAGAUCAAGCUAGUACGACUGCCAUUGACGAGAGAUUUGAACUCGAUGAUCUCUCGUCCAUGAUUGGGACUCUGAGCCUGAACGCGGCUGGGGCCGAGCCAAGUUAUCUUGGGGCAUCGUCUGCGUUCGCUUUCGCACGCUUCAUGAAGCCCUCUAUUCGCCAAGCAGUUGCAUCACUACCACCGGAAAUCUCUUCAAUUUCGAGAUCCCAAUCUCAUGGCCAUGCAUCGUAUCCUCCAGAACCUUGCCCGCUGCCAGACUAUCAGACAGCUGUCAAGUUGAGCAACGCUUAUUUUCAGAACAUCCAUCCCCAGUACCCAUUCUUGCAUGAACCGACAUUUAGACUGUGGGAGACGGUCUUGGAAGACCCCUUCGAAGCGAUGAGUAGCCUUGGUUAUGACCCUGUACCUCUCUACUUCCUCAAUAUGGUUUACGCCAUAGGAGCUCUCCUAAAACCCGGCUUGGGCUACUCAGCAGAGCAACUUUAUGUCUCUGCCAUGCUCUACAUAGAUGAGAUCAUUUGUAAUGACAACCUGGAGUGCAUACAAGCGAUCCUUUGUUCAGCAGCCUAUUCUUUACGCUCGGCAAAAGGCACGUCGCAUUGGAAGCUUGGAGGCCAAGCUCUCCGACAAUGUGUCAACCUUGGCUACCAUCGCAAUCAGAAGCGACUACGGUCUACCCUCAACCCAUUGCAAAGAGAGCUCCAGAAGCGAGCCUUUUGGAGCGCAUACGUGAUGGAGUGCUCGGCUGCAGUUAUGUUGGGAAGGCCGCUGAGUCUUCAUUACCAGGAGAUAGAUGCUGAAUUUCCAUUGGACAUCAAGGAGUCACAAAUAUCCUCAACCGGUAUCUAUGGCGCCCCAAGGUCAUUAACCUCCGAGCCGUCGACGAUGAUGACCCAUGCCAUUCAUGGAUUCCGUAUACGUGCGUUGAUAGGACGCAUUCAAACCACUUUGUAUUCUGACAGCACUCUGAGAGAUGCCACAAUCCGCCAAGCCCUUAUUGAACAUCUCUCGGACGAAUUAGAGGAAUGGUAUGCCGCACGUCCUCCCCCAAUGACACCCCCUGAUGGUGGUGCACUCUCAUUUUUCGUCAGUGCAGAUUGGUAUGAAGCAAACUACAACUAUGCCGUACUACAACUCUUCCGGCCACAAAUCACGGACACAAAGACUUCAGCAUCGGAUGGGGUCUUUCUGAAGUGUCUAAACACUUCGAGGCAGACAUGCCACAUCUUCCGACGUCAAUACUUUGGGAAACCUAUGGCCUACACAUGGAGUGCCUUGCAUGAACUCUUCCUCGCCGGACUAACAUACCUGUACUGUCUGUGGAUGUCACCCGCAGCACGACAAGUAUCUCGACAUGACGAAGUCAGCAACACUUGUACAGACUGUACCAUGGUUCUGGUGAUCCUUGCUGAGCGGUGGCCCGAAGCUGCGCCUUUUCGCAAUAUCUUUGAAGUGCUUGCAAGCCGAACAAUGACGAUGAUGACUGAUUCGCAUCAAGGAAAGGAAGUAAUGCCUAUUGCAAUAGGUCCGGAACAGGAGACAUAUCCGGAAGGCUUGUCGCAGUGGAUGGCUGGAAUGUCUGAUACGGGUAUAACUACUGGGGUGGACUGGUUGCUGAGCGAGCUCAUAGACGAGUUCCCAGCUCCUGAAUAA